UCCUGGAAAUUAAAUCCAGCAGCAAUAAUAAUGUAUCAUAACAUUUUCCCACUUAUCACGUUAGGAGUUGACGCUUCAACUUCAAGCUUAGAAAAUGAGUCAAUUAUGUUUUCUAUAAAAUGGGGCAAAAAUGUUGUGUCAAACAACAAGAAGAACCACAUCCACAAUAGUUUCAAUUUUUACUUUUGUAUCUAUUGCUUGAGAGUUUAGAUAUCAAUCAUGGAGCAGAAAUUUAUUUGUGAUAUAUCUCUGUGUCUCAGAAUUCUAAUGUGGCAGUUGCAAAUUAGAAUAAAAAGUUUCUUCUCAAUCCUCUCUUUUUUCUUAAUUCUUUUGUCCGAUUUUCUCUCUCGAAAUUGGUCAAAUUCUGAAGCAUAUAAGCAGAAUUUAGAUAGUGUUGUUGAGAGUAGUGGUAUAAAACUAUGCAAAGAGGAUGUGAUUAUUGUUAUGGAAAGGUUAGGAAUGAAUGUUGAGUGUGAUGGGAUUGAAGAGUCUGAUGUGAAGAAAAUAGUGGAAUUGUUUCAAGAGGAUAACAGUAAUAAUAAUGAUGCUAAAUUUGGAGAAGAGGUUAAAGAAGCUUUUGAUGUGUUUGACCGAAACAAAGAUGGGUUUAUAGAUUCAAGAGAGUUGAAGAGGGUAUUGUCAUGUUUGGGUUUGGAGAAAGAUGUUUUGGAAUGUCAGAAAAUGAUAAAUGCAAGUGAUCAAAAUGGUGAUGGACUAAUUGACCAAAAUGAGUUUAUUAGGAUUUUGGAACAGAGUAUUGGGUGAAGUUUGUUGCUUUCCUAUGUUCGAGUAUCCCCCACUUUUCUUCUUUCCUUUUUUAUUAAAAAAUAAGUUGAAGAUGUAUAUACGUCUUAUGGAUAAAUAAAUUGAAAUAUAACUCUGGUGAGAGUGAUGUUUUGGACAAAAUGAA